CUAACCUAUUGCAGAUAAUGGGGCCCCUCUAUUUCUAUAAAUUUUGCUCUCUUACGAUUACAAUUAUUAAAAAUGUUUGCAUACUUGGUCGUGUUCUGGAGUGUUGUGGCAAUUUUCUUAGGAACCGCAUCUUCAACAUGUCUCUUUAACCUGGAAACAACUUUGCGCGGUAAAACGCCCAUCGUAUUAGUGAACGGCGACAUCAUAGACCCCAAGAACAGAAUGGGUGAUAUCGAACUUCAAAAUACAGACCAAGUCCAAUUUUUAUGUUCCGGUGAAAAAAACUUCCUCAUUAAUAGGACCACCGUGGGUCGUCUAGCAACCGCGACGUGCAACGCCGGAAAAUUCAUAUUACAUGGUGGACUAGGAACGUACACUUUCAACGAUCUCAAAUGUCACCAAUUACCCCAACCCGCAUUGCAAGAAGUACAAGGAAAAUUAUGCAACAGGGGAUCAAAACUUAUCCACCUUGGCUUUCAAUUAGACUCAGAAACGUGGUUGCAUAAAAUCCUACUUUGUUUCGACCCAGUUAUACUAACUACUUACUGGACGAAACAUCAGUUGAGGACUACGCAAUAUUCGUGUAAAACAGCGGAUGUAACGACUUUUAAAAAAGAUUUUUUCACUGAUGUGGAUAUCGACACGAUGUACCGCCGCUCGGGUUACGACAAGGGACAUCUCACACCAAAAUGCGACUUUUUCUCCGGAGCGGAGAAAAGAAUGACGUUCUAUUACUUAAAUGCCGGACCCCAGGAGAAAAGGUUCAAUGAAGUUAACUGGAGGCUUCUUGAAGCAAAAAUAAGAGAUGCACCUCCGAAGGGCAGAAUUGUACAUAUAUAUACCGGAACGAUGAAAACGAAGGGAUUUUUGAACAGCACAGCACACGCGAUUCCAAUACCGUUAUACUUUUGGAAAGUGGUGAUCGACGACCGUUACGGAGAUGGAGUCGCUUUUGUGGGCAUAAAUGACGUAAGCAACAAUUUGUCUAGUCCUUGUGGGCUUUCGAUUUGCUCGGAACUAAACUGGUUAAGUACAGUUUUUAUACGAAACAUGUCCGACUAUAGAAAUGGAAAAAUAGAUUGCUGUUCAGUGGCAGUUCUAAGAGCAAUACCUCAAAUACAAGUUCCGGAGUUUACGGAGUUUCGGGGAGGUGUGUUAAAGGAAUUUAGAAAUUAACGCGUCAUUCGAGAGCUCCAAAGAUAGUCCCCGAACGAAUUUUUUAACUGUUAAUGCGAUUUCCAUCGUCAUACAAAAUGGAUUUUUUAAUUCUAUACUUCCCCCACUCAAAUAAAGAAGACACUCGUAAAACCACAAACAUAAGGUCGACUUCACUUUUCGGAACUAUUUCGAAUUAAUUACUAGCUGGAUUUGACAAUCACUGCCGUGUGUCUAACAUACACGCUUCCAGUACAUAUAACACAGAUAUGCAGGUAUAGAUAAGUAUCUAUCGAUAUACAUCUCGUCUUUACAAUUCUCUUUCGUUCUGAUUAUGUAUUCUUUUUGAUUCGUUCAUGUCUUGGCACUAUCUAUGCAGCUCUGACCAUACUUUCAACAAAAUAUCCAUCAAUCAACAUGGCUUGGUUCGAUGAUCAACUGUUAGUAAUCUGCUAUUUAGUAAUCAAUUUUUGUAUAACAAUGUGGAUCGGUAAAUCCACAAUAUGUCGUAUAAUCUGUUAUCAGAAAAGUCACCAAUGGUAUCAAAAAUCACUAUAGGAUCCAAAAUAAAAGUAAAAAACGACCAAAAACCUUUAAAGAUCUUGGUGUGACUUUUGACUCCAAACUAGCUUAGUUAAGAUAUAAUGUUUAGAUGACUAUUUCG